GGCCGUACCCGUCAUGGCAUCCAACGACACUGUCACCAACGAGAAAGCGACGAGUGACAACGUCGAAAAGAAGGCCACCCAUUCUAUCCUGAAGUCUACAUUCCCGGUCUUUCUGCCCCCGUGCGAGGCUCUGUUCCUUCCAGAGUAUGAGUUCCAGGCGUACGUCAAGGCCCAACUAGCCCCUCCUAGCGCUCCUACUGGCCUCAGUGAUGACCUUCCCGACCGCACACGCGAGACGAAACCGGUCGACGCAGAAUCCAAGGAUGCUUCUGUAGCUGCAGUGGGACCGGAGCCGAAGUCUGCGUUCAUGGAUGCGGUUCUCAAUAGCUCUUCACGCCAAUACUCCGAGGCGGAGCUAGAGAGGGACAACAAGAUGCUCACCGAGAAUGCAGACGUAGCUCACAUCUCCACCAAAUCUGCACUGGUUGAUCUAUUCUACGAGUUGGAGGAUUCCAUCUCAGCUGAUCGACUUGUCGAAGUCUUGGAUGCUGCAUGGGAGGAAGACCCGCUCUCCACGGUGAAGAUUAUCUUUAAUGCACGAUCUAUCCACCUAGGCAAGAGCAGUCGCUUUGUCACUUACCGCGCUUUCGGGUGGUUGGCUGAGAAGCACCCACAGACUCUGGUGGCUAACUUGCGGUGGCUGACUAGGCCGGUCAUCCAGAAGAAGGUCAAGAAGGAAGAAGACAAGUCGGCGGAGAAGAAGGCGGUAGACGGUGAGAAGGCAUUGAAGGAUGAGGAUGAUGACAUGGUCAUGGUUGAGGCUGGUGAGGCUGAGGAAGGCUUCGAAAAGGUUAAGGGUGAGCCAGUAGCAUCGGAGAAGAGCCAUGAUGUGAAGUACGGAGUCUCGCAUGGAUACUGGAAGGAUUUGCUCAACCUGGUGGUGCUUUCUGCACAUGAUCAGCUCAAGGCAAAUAGCAAUCCUUCGUCCAUUCUUGAUACCCAUCCCGAGCAAUCCAAGAAGGCGAAGCGGAAGCGAGAAUGGGACCCGAAGGCCGCCAAAGAACUCAGAGAAAAGGCGAAGAAAGAGCAACAUGAUCGAGUCCUCAAGAAGUUCGAAGAAGACCCCUUCUAUCGCGUGCUCCACAUAGCCGUCGCUCGUCUGUUCGCCACUCAGCUCAAGGAAGACAAGCAGUACCUGAGCUCGAAUAAUAAAGCGGAUCUCAAGAAGAUCUCACUGGCCGCGAAGUGGGCUCCGACCUUCGCCGAGUUUCACGACAAGAACACCUUCAUUGUCUCCUCUAUCGCCGAGAUUCUGUACCCAGACGCCUCUGACAUUUGCCCCGACGUGCCAAAGGAUAACCGCGAACUGUACCUCCGUCACGCACGAGAGGAAUACCGCCGUAUGACCGUCUCACCUCUGCGAAAGAUUCUUGAAGUAGUCGAGCGAGACAUCGUAGCCGAAACCUUCGCCAACAUCAAAUACGAGCGUGUUCCUUCUCUCGCCAUGCACCGCUACCAGACCCUCUUCGUCAAGAAAGACGAAACCCACUUCCUGGAGUAUCUAGAAAAGGUCACAACCGGGUCUAAGCAGAUCUCGGGCGCCAUUCUCCUUCCAUCGACCCUCGUCAGCAGCGUAGCCAACAGCCCUACCAGCCGUUAUAAUCCAAGCGACAAGAAGAACCCCCUCGCUGGCGCGCUGGCUGUCGCAAAGUCCAAAGUCGCCGAAGGCCAAUGGAACACCCUCGUGCAGCGCCUCCGCGACUCCGGCACGAUCGAGUCCUCCAUCGCCGUCUGCGACGUCAGCGGCUCUAUGACCUACCCCAAGUUCAAAGACGGAACCACCCCCAUGGACUCCGCCAUCGGCCUCGCCCUCCUGCUCGCCGAGAUUGUCGAGCCCCCGUUCGGCGGCGCCUUCAUCACCUUCUCCGCCAACCCCACCGUCGUCAAAGUCGGCGGCAAGCAGGACACGCGCUCCUUCGCGGCCAAGGUCAACGCCGUCCGCGCCGCCGAGUGGGGCAUGAAUACGGACUUCGUCGCCGUCUUCGAGCGCCUCAUCCUCCCGCUGGCCGUCGAGAAGAAGCUCAAGCCGGAGGACAUGGUUAAGCAGGUCUUCGUCUUCAGCGAUAUGCAGUUCGAUGCCGCGGAGACGGCGGCGGAUCGCUGGACUACGAGCUUCGAGCGCGUCAAGGCGAAUUUCGAGGAGGCCGGGUAUGAGAUGCCGAAGCUUAUUUUCUGGAACCUGGCGGGGGGCCGCGCCGGCGAGUAUGGUGGGUACGGGUAUUCGGUUGGAUCUAAUGACAUUGCGUCAAAGCCUGUCACAGCGGAGGACAUGGGCGUUGCGCUAGUGAGCGGGUACAGCCAGGGGCAAAUGAAGAUGUUUUUGGAGAACGGCCAGUUUGAAGAUGACGAGGUGGAGGAGGAGGUCGUUGCUGAGGAUAUUAAGGGGGAGGAUGCGGAUGAUAUGGUGGAUGUGAAGAAGACGAAGAAGGUCAAAAUGGACCCGCUGACGACUGUGAAGAAGGCGAUCAGUCAUCCGGCGUACUCCAUGUUGGAGGUGGUCGAUUAGAUUGAUAGGUAUGCUGGGGGAGUAUAUGGCGGUUUGGGAUAGUUUCAACGGGGCUGGGCGACUCUUUGGGAAGAUACGGGUACAAUAUUCACAGUUGUAGCGUUCUUGCUUUCUUUAUCAUAGGCUGGUAUCAUAUGAUAGAAUGAAAUUCUUUUGAACAAU